CCCGGGGUGGUGCCCGCGGCGGCGCCGGCGGCUGGGACUUCCCGCGCGUGGGCCGGCACGGGCCUGGAGCGUCACUUCCCAUGGGGUGUGCCCUUUGAGACAUUCCAGGGGCCUCGGCUCGCGGCUCCCUUUCGGUUUGGCUGGCCCAAGGCUACAUCAAAAGAAAACCAGUAAGCACCUGUCUGAGGAGGCAUCUGUGGGUAAGUCAUCGUUUUCCUUAUAUGACAUCUGGUCCUGGUUCUGUUGGGAUUCCAUUUAGGGACAGUGAGGUGUUUUAGGAGACACAUGAACUCCUGUCCAGGGCACUAAGGAGAAGUCACACUGCCCGCCUGGUUCUUGGCCCCCUGUGCUGUUUGUCUUUUCUGUCUCUUUUUCCUGCGUUUUCUGUGGUUUGGACUUGCAGUGACUGGAAGACAAAAUGGGAAAUAAGACGAGUAAAGUUGAUACUCCCUUAAACUGCGUACUGGAAAAUUUUGACAAACUUUACCCCCGUAAAGUUAAGAAGGGUUAUAACUACCGUAUUACCAAGGAACGUCUCCAGACCUUCUGUCAAUGGACAUGGCCCACAUUUGGCGUCAAAUGGCCCUCUAGGGGCACCUUUGAUCCCCAGGUGGCAUGGGCCUUAGUAGAUGUUGCCUUCCGCUUACCUGGCCACCAGAACCACAUUGGUUACAUUUUGCCUUGGGCAGAAGCAACAUCUAAUCCACCACUAUGGAUGAAAGUUUAUAUGGUCAGAAAUGGCCUUCCUCAUUCCCCAUCGCCUCACCUCCCUCAGCCCCCAUCUCAACCCAAACCUGUAACACAUCCCCCACCUCAACCCAAACCUGUAACACAUCCCCCACCUCAACCCAAACCUGUAACACAUCCCCCACCUCAACCCAAACCUGUAACACCUCCCCCACCUCAACCCAAACCUGUAACACAUCCCCCACCUCAACCCAAACCUGUAACACAUCCCCCACCUCAACCCAAACCUGUAACACAUCCCCCCCCUCAACCCAAACCUGUAACACGCCCCCCACCUCAGCCCAAACCUGUAACACGCCCCCCACCUCAACCCAAACCCUUAACAUGUCCCCCACCUCAGCCCCCACUCCUAGCUCUACCCCCGCCCUCUGAUGUCUGUGUGCCUUGUACCAGCACUGAUCUUUAUAACCAGAACAUCCAGAACCCUCCUUUUAGCACAAAGCAGAGCUAUAUAGCCUAUGAGCCUUUAACCACCAGGGAUCUUCUUAACUGGAAGGUGCAAUGCCCUCCUUUCAGCACAAACCCAAAGCCCCUAAUCUCUCUAAUUGAAUUGAUCUUCCACCUCCAUCAUCCUACUUGGGAUGAGUGUCAAAUCAUCUUACAUACCUUCUUCACAAAGUCAGAGAGGGAACGGAUUCUGACGGAUGCAGCUAAAGAACUUCGUGGAAUGGAUGUCCUGCCUGCACAGAAACCAGACUGGAACUAUAGCACAGAGAAAGGUAGGAGGUUACUCAGUGAUUACCACCAGGCUUUACUUAAUGGAUUAAAACGGGCAGCCCGGAAGCCCACUAACUAUUCCAAGGUGACAGAUACAAAACAAGGUCCAAAGGAACCACCGUCAGUGUUUCUCGAACGCCUCCUGGAGGCGUGCCGUGAAUAUACAUCCAUAGAUCCAGACGACCCAGCAAACCGCUUCGUGAUUAAUAUGAGCUUCGUAGCCCAAUCUUCCCCAGACAUACGUAAAAAAAUUCAAGGAAUGGAUCGAUUUUUAGAGAUGAGUAGGUCAGAGUUAUUGGAAGUAGCCCAGGAAGUGUUUGACAGUAGAGAGAUUGAAAGACAAAUUCAGCUGGUGAAGACUGUGAUCUAUGGGCAACAUUCCUUUGGCUCCUUCAGUCCUGGCCAAACAACAUACAACAGCAGGAGGAGGCCCCUGCGAAGAGACCAGUGUGCUUACUGCAAGGAAUUGGGGCACUGGAAACAUGAAUGCCCCAAACAGAGAUGGGUAGGUCCUCCCUGGCCAAGGCCAUGUUUGGCUUUAGGAGAAUAGUGGGGCCAUAGCUUUUUCAAAUUAGACCCCCAGCAGUCUAUGGUAAUAAUCUUUUCAAUUAGUACCAACCUGUAAACUUCCUAGUCUAUAUGGGGGCUUCACAUUUGGUAUUACAAGACCCCUAGGGCCUCUUGCCAUUCAAACAAUGGAAAUGCAGGGGCCAACAGGGGACAUCAGAAAAUCUAAAUGGACUACAAUAUGGACUGUUAAUCUGGGAGAGAGGACAAUGAUUCAUUCCUUGUUAGCCCUGAAUGUGCUCAUUCCCUUUGAUGUGUGCCUAAGCAAGCUCCAGGCAACCAUCUCAUUCUCAGGAGAUAAGCUAGGGUGCUCAGCCACAAUCCUGACCCUUAAUCCAGUAGUACCUCCUCUUCUUUCUCCUCUAAGGUCUGACCCUCGCCACUGAAGGGAGAUUAAAAGCAACUGAUCAGGGAUGUUCUUGCAGUCUGGGCCAAAAACAGCCCUGGUCUGGCCAAGCAUGUGUUGUCAGUAAUAGGUUCAGCUGACUUCUGAGGCCAUGCCCAUCUGAGCCAGACAGUAUCCCAUCAGUACAGAGACCAGAGAGGGAAUCAAGAUACAUCUCAGUUGCCUCCUCAAGACAGGCAUACUCAUUCUAUGCCAGUCAGCCUGGAACACCCCUAUUACCAGUUCAAAAGCCUGGACCAAGACUAUCAACCAGUACAGGAUUUAAGGGGAGUGAAUAAGCAGGAAGAAACCUAUUUGCCCAACUGUUGCUAACCCUCUUUAUACUCUGCUCAGCAUGCUGCUGCCUGAGAAGGUUUAUAUGGUACUGGAUCUAAAGGAUGUGUUUUUCUCUAUUCCCUUGUCAAAACUAAGUCAGCCCAUCUUUACAUUUGAAUGUGCUGACCCUGAACUGAGAAUAUCAGGGCAACUGACCUGGACCAGAUUACCUCAGGGGUUCAGCAGUUCCCCUACCACCUUUGAUGAAGCCCUCAACCAGGACUUAAGUCUCUUCUGCAAUGAGUAUCAAAAAGUUACCUUGCUCCAGUAUGUGGAUGAUUUGUUGCUGGGUGCAAAAAGUUUAAAGAGAAGUUUAGCUACUCAGGGUCUGUUUAAGAACUCUGGCUCAACUAGGCUAUCAAGUUUCCACAGAGAAAGCUCAAAUUUGCUCACUGUGGGUCACCUAUUUGGGAUAUGAAUUAAAGGAGGGGAAAGACUGUUAUCAAAGGCCUGCAUAGAAGUCAUAAUUUGAACCCCUACUCAAACCACAAAGAGGCAGAUUAGGGAGUUCCUGGGAGCUAUUGUGUAUUGUUGCCUCUGGAAACCCAGGUUUGCUGAAAUUGCCAGACCCUUGUACUCAGCCAUGGCAGGGGCUAACACCCCUUUUGGAGUGCACUGAGGAAAGUUAGCAGGUCUUAAAAGGCGCUUGUGCAGGCUUCUGCCUUAGCUCUUCCUGACACCUCCAAGCCCUUCCACCUCUAUGUCCAUGAGAGAAAGGGUAUUGCCAAAGGAGUCCUGACCCAAGCCCUGGGUCCCUGGAAAAGGCCAGUUGCCUGCUUUUCAACAAGAUUGGAUCCUGUGGCCUCAGGAUGGCCCCCUUGUCUACAAGCCAUGGCAACUAUCACAAUCCUUAUAAAGGAGGCAGACAAACUUACCCUGGGACAGAAUCUGACCAUUAUGACCCCACAUGCAUUGAGACUCUCAUUAAGAGAUGAUACUAACUUCUGGAUGUCUAAUGUUCCUCUAACCCUGUACCAGGCCCUUCUAAAUAAGGAUAGAUUGGCUUUUGACAAAUCCAUGGCUAUCAACCUUGCUACCUUAUUCCUGGACAGUGACCCUCAGGAAAUCAUACAUGAUUGCCUGAAGAUCCAGAAUGACAUUCAGGGUAGCCAGCUGGACCUCAUUUGCCAGGAGCCAUCCCUGGUGGGGUAGGUCCCAGAAGAGGAUGUAAGGAGUUGACGACAGAAGGAGGUGAGCCAGGCCAUGGUGGUU